GCAAAAUAACAUGAAUGCAAUCUAAAAUAACUCAAAUUUAAUUAAUUCUCCUGAAGGUCAGCCCUUUAAUUAUUAAUAGAAUAUGGGAAAUGACUAGCAGGGUGAAUUUAGGUAUAGUUUACACUAGCGUUAGUCUGAUUCUGCAGGUGAAGCAGUUCUAGACUCUAUGAGAGGCAAAAAGAAAUCUCAAUUUAAUAAUCAAUAAUUUCCUUCAAACUAAUUGCAGCAAUAACAAAUGCAAAUGCCCAAUGAUUUUAGCAUGAGGAUGAAUAGGAAUAGGUUUAUGCCUAUAUUUAAAAAUUUUCCUUACUUUAAGAAUUCUCAUAACGCAUUUGAUUAUAUUAAUCCCUAGGAUAAGUAUCGUACUUGGAGAGAUACCCACAUAGAUUCUUUAGAAUGCUUUAUUUUCUUUUGUUAAAGUUUGCUGGCAAAUUAGACUUUGUAGGAAUUGAAGAUAGGAGACAUUUAAUACUGUGAUAUUUUAAUUGAAGAAUUAUGUGCUACUUUGUCUUUAAUGCCUUCUCUGAAAUAUUUAGAUUUAAGUAAUAUGUCUCUUGAUUGUCUGAGUUGGAGAUGCUUAAGUAAAUAUGUAGGUGUAAGUAGAAUUAUUGAAAGAAUUAAUCUUUAAAAUAACUAAAUUACUGAUGAGUGCAUUAGAGACUUUUUUAAUUGCUUUAGAAAUAACAGUGCCUUGCAAGAGUUAAAUUUAUCUUACUGUAAAAUUGAGCAGGGUCAUGUAAAUAUUUUACUCAGACUUCUUUCCAACAACAAAAGUAUUCGCAAAGUAAAUCUUUCAAAUGGAACUCUUAAUGAUGAAAAUGCAGAAGGUAUAGCAGAGUUUUUAUCUAAUUGUGUCAAGAUUUAACUCUUAGAUAUUUCAGACAAUAAUUUGGGACACUCUUUCUUUGAUAGGUUGAACUAAAAUUUGAGUUGGUCAAGUCAUAAAAAACCUAAAAUCCAUACUUUUGACAUUGGAAGUAAUAGAUUAAACAGCAGUACAGCUGAGAAAUUGCUUAGCAAUAAUCAAGAGUCAUCUAAAAACAGUAGUAAAUGCAUUGAAGCACUUAUUUCUAUAUUAAAAAAAUUAAAUGGAGUUUAUCGUCUGAAUAUUUCUAACACUUUUCUUGAAACAGAUGACAUUAUGAGACUUAAUAUAGAAGCAAAUAAAAGUAAAAGAUAGCUUAUUUUGGAAGAACUUGAUUUGAGUUUUAAUUAAAUUGAAAGAAACUUCCCUGAAAAUUUCUUUUAACAUUUAAAGUUGCUAAAUCUUAAGAAGAAUAAUUUAUCUUUAAGUUCAGUUGAAGUAAUAGCUAGAACGCUCAAAGAUGAGCAAACUAAAUGGGAAGUACUUGAUAUUUCAGGAAACAAAAUCAAUAACAGUGGACUUGAAAUUCUUAUUAAUUAUUUAAAAGAAAACAACAAAUUAAAAGAGCUCUACUGCUCUGAAAAUGAUAUCGAAGGUGUGGGAAUGAUUUCAAUCAUAAUCAACAACGAAAGAAUGAACUUAAAUAAAAUAGAUUUAUCUCAAAAUAAAUUCACUCUCAACAGCAUUAUUAGCUACUUAAAUUCAUUAAAAAACUAGAGCCUAAACAAAAUAGUUCUCAAGAAUUUUGACGAUGUCAUAAAAACUACUUAAAAAAAUCAUUUGAUAAAUGAAUCUAAGAUUAUUUUUGACUAACCUUUCAGUUUGGAUCUUUAGAAAUCUACUAUACUAGCGUAGCAUGUAUUUAAAGGAUUUGAAAGGCAUCUACCAAAAUUGAAUUAAUUGAAUGUAGCAUAAUGUCUUACUUUAAAUGAAGAAGAUAUGAAAAGACUCUCUUUUCUCAUUUCUAAAUCCCACACCUUAAUACACCUUAAUCUAGAAGGAAUAAACCUAGGAAAUUUCAGUGAUCAGUGCUUAAUCAAUUUAGGUAAUGCUUUUAGUGAAAACAGAUGCUUAAAGGAACUGAAUUUUAGUAAAUGCAAAUUAGGAACAAAGUUUGAUAAAGUAGCUAAAGAUUUAGGAAAUAUCAAUUCUUUAGUUGAUUUGAAUCUAAGUGACAAUGAUUUAAAUGACACAAUAGCAAAUAUUUUAUAAGAAAUUAUUUAGAAGUGCUUCCAUUUAAACCAUAUUAAUUUAUCAAAAAACAGUGUAGGAAACGGCUGCAUUCAUGCUAUCAUUAGAGGCUUUAAAGGAAAUUCGAGUUUACAAAAAUUAUCUAUGAGCUAAACUGAAGUAACUGCUGGGGAAUUACUUUCUUUUUCUUAGCUACUUCAAAACUGUGGUCACUUAAAAAACUUAGAUAUCUCAUCAAAUAAACUUCUAGAUGUUAACCUGUUUACUAUGAACUCUCUUGAACUUAAGCCAGAAAGUAUCGUCUUAGAUAAGAAAAAAAUAGUAGAUUAAUACUAAGCACAUUAUUUAAAGUUAAUGAUGGAAGACAACGAAACCACAAAAUAAGUAGUCUUUAAUGAAUUAGAUUUACCUAAAAUGUACACAUCAAAAAUUUUGGAAUAAAUUACAAAAAUGGGUAACCUUUAAAAACUAUGUAUCCGAAAUCCAGUAAAUCAGAUUGAUUCGUAUCAUCUAAAUAACUUUCUAAAUCAAAUUCUAAAUAUGCCCAAACUGUAGAAAUUGUAGUUUUCGAAAUUACAAAUAUCUUUUGACCAGUUUAAUAUAAUUGCAACACUUUUACAAUAGACUAGAACUCUAAAGACACUCUCCAUAAGUGAAGAAAAUAUUACUUAAACAGCCAUAACAGCAUUAUCUAAUGGUAUUCGUUAGAAUAAGACUUUAUUAACCCUUAAAUUAAAUGAUUGCAAUAUUUCUUAAAAAGAAUGCACAAUACUAGCUCCUGCAUUGCUUGUCCAUCCAACUUUAGAAAAGCUUAAUGUUAAUGGCAAUUUGAUAAAUAGUGAAGGAGUUGGCACUCUUUUUUCAGCCUUAUCAAAAUUAAAAACUUUUAAAUAUUUGCAUUUCUCUUAACAGAAAUAAACAGAUGGAUAUGCACUUACCUAUAUCUUGAAAGAAGUCAAUAGCAAUUUUGAGUACAUUACCAAAUUAAACUUAUCUUACAAUCAGUUUACAUCAGACAACUUCGAAGAAGUUUUAGAGGAAUUAAAAAAUCACCAAACAUUAGCUCAUAUAGACUUAUCUGGAAAUCCUAUAAACGAGAAAGGAGCAAAAAUGAUAAAAUCUUUCUUGACCAUUAAUGUUAAAUUAAAAUAACUUAUUCUUAGCAACUGUGGGCUAGAAUUAGAAUCAUUUAAAGAGAUUUCUUAAGGCUUAUCUUAGAAUGAUGUAUUAGAAAUGUUGGAUUUAAGUAGCAAUACUUAAGAAGGUGAUAAUGCUGUUUAAUUUUUUGCAAAUUUGGUUUAUCCUAAAGGCUUGAAAUUGUUUUUAAUUUAUGGAAAUAAAAUAACUCAGUAGGGAAACAUGCAUUUAUUUAAAUUUAUGAAGAGUUGUGAAUAGAGAUUAUUUAUUGUAAACGAUUGGAUUUAAAUUUAAGAUGAUGUAGCGAUUUAAUUGUUAAAUAAUUUGAUAGAUUAACAUAGUAAGGAUAAACUAAUACCUUCAGUACCUCGCCAUUACUACACAUGCAUUGACUUCUCAAGAGGUUAGUUGACUGAUAAAUUUUGUAUGUUUUUCACAUAAAAGUUUAAAAGCCUAAGUGUGCUAGAGUGUCUUAACCUUGAGAAAAACUAUCAUAUAACAUAAACAGGAAUGAAACAUGUUUUUACAGCUGUGUUUGAUAAUAGAAAAAACUUUGACAUUAAUUUAAUUUAUUUAAAUUUUUCACAAAGAGAAGAUGACUUCUUAGCAGCAUUAAGAAAUUAAGUUUAUGCUAAUAGCUAAGAAAAGAACUAAAGAAAACCUCUAAAUGGAAGCUUGGGUGUACCAAAUUCAAACGUUUUAAAAUAAAAUAAUAAUGAAUAGAUUGCUGUUAAGGGUAAAGAAAAAUCAAUUUGGUAGAAAAUCACUCUUUACUUUUAGAGAAAACUGUAAUUUAUAAAUGAUAAAAUUACUUCAUAACACGAAUACAAAUUUGACUAUUGCAACCUAGAAAAAAUAAAUCUUUUAAAAUAUUAAACUCUUUUAAUUUUUUUAUUAGCCGGCUCAUUUAUAGUAUAGAUUAUUUUGUCAAUUAUGCCUUUCAUCAGUUAAGCAAUUUUAUUCCGUUCUGUUAUAUUGGCUGUCAGUUUAUUCAUAGUACUAUGCGAGUUUAUUUCUUAUUGCGUUUACCUCUAUUAUGUAAAUAUGUCAGAGGAUAUUGAGUUGAACAACAAAUUAAAUUUCCUAAAUAAACUCAAAAUUAUAUUUAAUAAGAUUAAAUAUUUUGAUGUUAUUCUACUAGUAAGAGGUUUAGCACGUAGAGCCGAUUUCAUUCUAACAAAUUAUAUUGCAAUUUUCUAUUUUAUGAAUAACUUGAAAUACUUACAAGAAGUCUAUAUACUAUUCUUGUCCAUAAAGGGAUUGGUUAUAUUGUUUUUCGCUCUUUCACCUUUCUACGAUUGGUGCUUUAAGAAGAGAAAUCAAUUAUAAUCUGUCGAUAAAUAGUUUUUGGACGUUGGUGAAAGACUUUCUAUGGUUUUUGGAAUGUCCUUAGUAGAAUAAAUAUUUUAAUUGUUUAAUCCUGGUGCUUCUUCAGUGCUUUCCUUCAAAAUUAUGAAAUAGAGCCAAAGAUAGGUCAUAAAUAUUUGGAAUAAAAAAGUGUAUGAGUACAUUUAUCUUGCAUUUUACAUAACUCCCUUGCUUGUUUUAUAUGGCCUUUUCUAUGAUCUAUUUGUUGAAAUAUAUGAAAAACAAAUACUGCAAUUAGCGUUUGCUGUGCUUGCUAUAUGUUUUGUUCUCUCUGUAUUCACUAUCUUCACAACUCGUCCCACAUACAUUUAACAAGCUGACUUUAACGAAAUCCUAAACAUCAGAAAGUUCUAUUAGAUUGAAUAAAGCCGCACUAAAAAUCGUUCAUCCACUAUCCGUCAAACUCUCUUAGAAACUUUAGUACAGAGAAAUUACUUUAGUCAAGAGUCAUAUUAUUCAAUAGCAUGCAAUUACAACACAAACACGUAAUUCAAGCGUCUGAUCAGAGAAGAAAUUAUUAAAGCAGAUAUUAACAACAAUGACUUCUAAAUAGAAGAAUAAAGACACCUCAUUUAAAAUGGAGGAGGAAGCAAUAAAAUGGUCCGCUUAAUAAAUCCAGAUAUCUAAGAUUCUAUAUCAAGUAUCCCUAUAGAAGUUGAAGAUAUUGAAUUUGAAAAAAGAGAUACACACAAUGUUGAGAGAAAUUUAAAAAAAUUAAAGAAUGAGUGAGUUAAUUCAAUAAAUAUAAAUUAAUCUAAAUUAAAAAAUACUAUUGCUAAAAUUACAUUUAACGUUUUCUAUGUUUAUUGUAUUAGGUUAAAUUAAAAAUUUUUGGUUUUUCUUUAAAAAAAUA